GAGAAAGAGAAAGCAGAGGUUCUUUCUUUUGAUUAGAUCUCUCAUCUCUUCCUUUUCCUUUUUUUUUUCUUUAUCUUUACUUUAAAUGGUGUAUUGAAUACAAACUCUUUCUAAAAGAAGAAAUCAAGAAGAAGAAGAUUAUAGGAGGAGAAGAAGAAGAAUGGGGAAAUUAUAUGUAGAAACAGUACCACCACCAGAUCUAAACAAGAACACAGAAUGGUUUAUGUAUCCAGGUGUAUGGACAACAUACAUCUUGAUUGUCUUCUUCGCAUGGCUUAUGGUUUUAUCUGUUUUUGGUUGUAAUCCUGGCAUGGCUUGGACUAUUGUGAAUCUCGCCCAUUUCGUGAUAACAUAUCAGUUCUUCCACUGGAAGAAGGGAACACCAUUUGCUGAAGAUCAAGGUAUCUAUAAUGGAUUGACUUGGUGGGAGCAGAUUGAUAAUGGCAAGCAGCUUACGCGUAAUAGAAAGUUUCUCACUUGUGUACCUGUCGUCUUGUAUUUGAUAGCAUCGCACACGACUGACUAUCAAAAUCCAAUGCUCUUCCUCAACACUUUGGCGGUGUUUGUGUUGGUUGUUGCCAAAUUCCCGAACAUGCACAAAGUCCGCAUCUUUGGAAUCAACGCAGAACAGUGAGAGACGGAGCACGUUGUAUAAGCAGUAAGCCCUACAGAUGCUUUUCGGUUUUAUAUCUGUAAAAGUCAUUUCGACCCGUUUUCCUUUUCCUUUUGUUCUUUCUCUAUGGUUAUAUAUCCCUUGUACAGAAGUCGGAACUGGAAAGGGAGCUUACGUUAUUCGUUAAUCAGGGUUCUUUUUUUCCCCCUUUCUUGGGACUGCAUUUGUUUUGUUUUUUCUUAAUCUUUUACAUGAUUAUGAUGUCAGAUAUAAAAUAGUUGUAUGAUAAAAAUGUUCCUUGUUAUUGUAAAAAGAAAAAGAAGGAUAUUAUGCUGUUAUAAUCACCAUCAUUAUACAUAGCGA